AUGAAACUGCAUCAUUCGAUCACAUACUCUUUCCUCAUUGCUGGUCACACCACGUUUGCUCCAGACCGUUCUUUCGGAUUGAUAAAGAAAGCCUUUAAAGUCACAUAUGUUUUGUCGCUCUACGAAUUUGCGCGACUCGUAGAGACUUCCAGCACUAGUGGACUAAACAAAGCACAACUUGUUGGCACGCACGACGGGCGAGUAAUUGUUCCUGUGUACGAUGGGAGUUUGUUUCUCGGGCAGUACUUCAAAAAGUUGCCGAACAUUAAAAAGUUUCAUCAUUUUCGGUUUUCAAACGAAAACCCUGGCAAGGUCUUCUACAAAGAAUUUGUUUCUAGUCCAGAACAGUUGUUUAUGUUGUUGAAGAAUAAUGCUAUUCUUCCGCCACCUUNCCAGAACAGUUGUUUAUGUUGUUGAAGAAUAAUGCUAUUCUUCCGCCACCUUCUAUCCUUCCUGACAUAGUCAAUCCAGAUGGACUGACCGAGGAACACAGGAACUAUCUUUUCCGUGAAAUCAGACAGUUUCGUAAACCCGGAACGGAAGAUAUCGUAGCUCCGGCUCCAUGA